GAAAAAAAAAAAAAAAAGCAUAAUAUGGGUUGCGAAAUUUUGCCCAAGAUUCCCGUUCUUGAUUUUUCCAAGAAAGACUUGGAGCCCGGAACAAUUUCUUGGCUCAAAACUUGUAAUGAAGUUCGACAAGCACUUGAAGAGUAUGGCUGUUUCAUAAUGAAGUACAAUAACUUUCCAUCAAAACUUCGCUUUGAAGUUUUUGAUUGCUUAAAAGACUUGUUUGAUCUCCCCACUGAAACAAAAAUGAAAAAUAGAUAUGAAAAACCCUUAAGUGGUUACGUUGGCCAAAUUCUUGAACUUCCUCUCCAUGAAAGCAUGGGCAUCGAUGAUGCAACUUCUCUACAAGCAACUGAAAACUUCGCAAAUGUCAUGUGGCCUCAAGGAAAUGAUCAUUUCAGUAAAACUGUGCAUGCAUAUGCACAGCUAGCAGCGGAAUUAGAUCAAAUGGUGACAAGAAUGGUGUUUGAAAGCUAUGGCUUGGAGAAAUACUGUGAUUCCUACACCAAGUCAAUCACUUACCUUCUUCGAAUCUUGAAAAAUAGAGCCCCUAAAGGUGAUGAACCUAAUCUAGGUUUUGUCACUCACACUGACAAGAGCUUCACCACUAUCCUUCAUCAAAAUCAAAUCAAUGGCCUCGAGAUUGACACGACGGACGGCCAGAAGAUUAAUAUUGACUUUUCAUCACCUUCAUCAUUUGUGGUCAUUGCUGGAGAUGCGUUCAUGGCGUGGAGCAAUGACAGGAUUCACUCGCCGAGCCAUCGAGUGAUAAUGAAAGGGGAGGUUGACAGAUACUCUCUUGCGCUGUUUUCAUUCAGCAAUGGAAUGGUGCAAGUUCCUGACGAGCUUGUUGAUGAAGAACACCCUUUGCAAUACAAACCCUUUGAGCAUCUGGGGCUGCUGCGUUUCUUUCGCACAGAUGAGGGCUACAAAGCCAAGUGCCCCAUCAAAGCUUACUGUGGUGUUUAAUAUUUCAGUUAUUUGUUUAACAUGUAUAUUAGCUGAUCAGAUGUUCAAGCUAUAUAUGAAUCUU